AUGGCCCGACAGACAAUGCGCAAGUCGCGAGGCGCAGCAGCGUUCGCUGUUGCCGCGCUGAGUGCCUGCUAUUUGGCCAUGGCCUUCGUGAUGCCACCUGCAGAAGGCCGUGGGGCAGGCCGACGCGAGGCCCUGCUGGGCCUGGCAGGGGCGGCCGCGACCCUGUCUACAGAGUCCGCGCAGGCCUUCGAAGAAUCAGGCCAAUGGAUGGGCUACUAUUCGGACCCUCAGCACCCCAUGUGCCCACGCAAGAUUGUCUAUGAGUAUGACCUCUACGAGAAAGCCCAGAUGAUGGUCGUGGGAGGGGAUGGCAACCCUGGAUGCGAGAAGAAGGUGCUCACGAGGUGGACUGCCAAGGUAGACUGGAAGGCGGGCGAGGAUAGCAUCAAGAUUGAUUUCAGCAAGAAGGGCGGCCCGCAGGAUGUGGUUGGCAAGUGGGAGAAGGAUGGCAUUGUCUUUCCUGAUGGCAACAAGUGGAAGAAGAUCAUCUCCGACAACACCGCCAUGGGUCAGACGCGCUGA